AUGAAUGCGUUAGUUCAGUCAGCUGUUCAUUCAUUAGGAUUUCUCGAAAAUGGCGUAUAUCACAGAGAACCUGAUUGUUUUGGUUGGUUUUCGAUGGAAAUUUAAAUUAUAAAGAAUGUUCGUUUUCAGAAACUAUUCGAGAUAUAAUUCGAUAUCUUCGAAUGGAUACACCAGAUAUGAUUGCCAGAAUUGAAUGUGGAAAACAUAAUAUGAUUGAGCAUGAUCUGAUUCCACUUUUGAAAUGUCCCGAUCUUGAUGAGACUAUGUUUGAUGUUGCAAUUCGAUUAUUAGUCAAUUUAUGUCAACCUCCAAUUUCAAGUAUGAAAGGAAAAGCGCCGAAAGAUCGAGAAGAAUGGAAAUUGUUUUGGGAUUUGGAAGAUAUUUCGAGACGCGCCAAAAAAGCGUUUGCAGAUUCGGAAUUCUUUCGAAUUCUGAAAAUUAAAUUAGAUAAUUAUUUUCUGGAAACUGAUUUUGAUGAAAGAGAUGAGAAUACACGACUUUUAAUGGAACGAAUUGUAUUACUCAUUCGAUAUAUUUUCUCGAUUUCGCAAGAUGGAGUAGAACAAAAGGUAGCUUUUUGAUGAUAUGGACAUUUAAUAUAUAUUUGAUGGAUUUUUCAGAGAACAGCUUCUGAAGACAAUUGUCAUGAUCGUGUUAUUGUUGCAUUUCUAGAUUCAGGACUCGAUAAAACACUUAUGCACAUCUCAAAUCAACCAAAAGAGAAAGAAUUUCAUGUCACAAUUCUUGACAUUUUCGCUCUUCUUCUCAAAGAACAUGUUAGUAAAGGAAAUUAGAUUUUCUAGUUGAUAUUUUCGAAUUUCAGACAGCAGAAGAUCUCGCAAAAUCAACAUCUGAAGAAAUUUCUUCAUCAGAGAGAAAGAAAACGGAGGAAGAUUUUAAACGAAUCAAUGAAGCGCAUAAUGCUCGAGAAAUUGAAAAACGAAGAAGUUUCAAAAGAUUUGGUGGAUCAUAUGUUGUAAAAGGAAUGAAAGCAUUAUGUUCUGAAAGAGAUCAAGUUGUAUUCAAGUGAGAUGUUUUUUGGAAAAUGAGAAAAACAUAAUUUUCUGAUUAGAAACGUGAACUAAUUUUAUUUUUUUUUGAAUUGACAUGAGAUGGAUAAUUUUUGUUCAUUUCUAGAAUUCAAAAAAAUAUCUUCCAGACCAAUCAACGAUGUUCAAUCUCUAAACUUUGGCGAUGAUCGAAAACUCAAAAAACGAAUUGCACGAAAUCGUCGACCUUUUGAUUUCGAACAUCGAACUCAUUUAUCAUCUCCCGAAGUUCGUCAAAAAUUGCGAAAAAUGGUCGAAUGUCUCAUUGAAACAUGUUUCAAUCGUCUUAUGAAAUCUUCAAAGCAAAUUGUUUUCGAGCAGAAAAAUGUGCUUCAAAAAACCUCACAAAUCAAUUAUUUCUUCCUUGUCAAAUUUAUUCUUCGAUUUACAAGAAUCACAAAUAUGCCAAUUAGUUUGAUAUCUCAAUUAGUUGGAGUUGAAGCAUUUCAUGAAAAUAAUGUGCAAUUAUUGGAAUAUGUUGAUCAAGCAACAACUCUUAAAGGAAUUGAAGCAAAAUCAUUUGGAUUGAAAGCACAGUAUGCAGUUAUGGCAUAUAAUGAAAUGGUUUUAUUGUAAGUCUUAAUGAAAAUAUUGGGAGGGAAAAAACGCAAAUUUUGAAUAGAGCCUGAAAAUGCCAAAAAACAUUCAAUUCUGUUUUAUAGACAUCGUUUCAUGCUUGAUUCAAAAAAUGAAAUCGAUCGAGAUGUUGCAAAACGAGCUCUUCAACAUAUUGUAAAAGUAGAAGAAUAUCGAGAUUUGGCAAUCACUUUAAUCAAAAAGUUCAACCCUGCUGUUUUAUCCAACACAUUUUUAAGAGAAAUCGUAUUAGCAACUCAUAAUUAUCACAAAGUAAUUGAAAAAAUGGCGAAAUCUGGGGAAAUGAGAAAAGUUACGAAAAAAGUUCGAGUUAAGAAAAUGAAGAAGGGUAAGUUCAUAGUUUUAUAAUUAUUCAAAUAAUUAAUGUUUUAAAUUUGCAGUUCGAAAACCGCUUUAUGAUAAAGAUGAGAGAUGUCAAUUCGAUAAAAAAGAUGAGAAAUGGUUGGAAGAACAUUGGGAAAAAUCGAGAGAACUUAUUGAAAAAGUUGUGAGAAAAGAAGUAGAUGAAUUGGAAGAUAUGAAUCCACUGAAUUUGCAUAUUGAAGUUGAAGAUGAUGUUCAACAGUAAGAUUUUGUUUGGAAUUCUAAUUUUGGUUCUCAAAAUUUAUGAAAAUUUUGAAAUUUUCAAAUAUAGGCUGGAAUAUAUUGGUUCAGCUAUAACAAAAAAUUGAAAUCCCAUGUAAUUUCAUGAGUUUUCAAUUUCAUCCUCACAUGUUUUGUUAUUCUCCCCACUCUUUCUCCUCAAUUUUCCUGAAAAUUCCAGAAAAUUCGCAAUGUUAUCAAUUCAACGAUCCUUGCGUUCAAAUGGAAUUCCAGCUGCAAUUGGUUUAUAUCACGCGGCUCGAAAAAUCUGGAUAACACAAGAAGUAUUUGGAAAAGAUGAUAUGACUGCGGAUGAGGAAAUUGAAGAAUUGAAACAAAUUUAUAUGACUAAUUUAUUAGAAGUUGCUAAAUUAUUGAGAGAAACUGAAGAGAAACAACAGCAGGAAGAAGAAAUUGAAAUUGAAGGAGAAGAAGGAGACGGUGAAGGAGAUUCGGAGGAUGAAGAAAAUGUUGCUGUUUGGAAAACUGAAGAAGUAAGAUUGAAAAUUUUAAUAGUGCAUAUCUAAUUUAUAUUAUGUUUCUUUCAGUGUGAUUUUGAAUUGGAUCAAUAUUUUGGGAGAUAUGCGAAAAUGGAAAUUUUGAAAUGGUACGGGUUUCUCCUCAAUGAAUAUACGAAAAAUAGCCGAGAAUUGAAUCGAGCGAUUAUUAAAAUGUUUCAUCGUGUCGCGUUUGAUUUGAAAAUGGUUUCGAGAAUUUAUCAAGUGAGAUUUGGGAGGUUUUUGGAAAAUAUUCAAAAAUAUCACUUAAAAUUUCUUGGCGGAUAUCACUUAAAAUUUCUUUGUUCAUCUCCAGAAAAUAUUGCAAAAAAAUGUUCUUCAAGAAAGUCUGUAAUUUUCAGCUAUCCCUAUUCCAUGUUUUCAUGCAAGUCGAUAAACAUUUGAGUACUCUUCCAACAAAAGAAGCCAAAAAAGCAUCGGAGUAUUAUGAAAUUUAUGAAUUUGGAUAUCAUGUUUUGAAACGAUUCUUUGAAAAAUUCAAAGAACUUGGUUCAACUUUGGCUGUCGAAGCAUUGUUUUGGAAAAAUGGAAAAGAAAGUUAUGAUAUUGAUAAUGGAUAUGGAUCUUAUGAGUAAGUUUUUUUCAAACAAUUGUAGGUUUGAGAUUCAUUAUUGAUUUCCAGCCAAAUCAAAACUUCUGAUGGCAAAGUUUGGAGCGAUGAUUUAGAAUCAGAAGUUCGAAAUUUGCACGAAGAAUAUAUGUCACAAGAGGAAAAACCGGAAGGAAUUGAUAUUAUCGAUUUUAUCAUGCACAAUUUGUCAAAGGAUAGAAGUCGAAAACAAGUUUAUAGAUGUUUGAAAAAUUUGGGAUUGGAUUUGAUGAGCGCAAAAAUGGGCAAAGAGUUGGUUUUUGAUGGGGAGAGGGAGGAGGGUUACAUUAAAAUGUAUCAUAAUUUUUUUAGCCAAGACAAACUUGAUUUGAACUUUCCAAUCGAUGAGAUGAAAGUGGUUUAUGAAGAAUGGAAAGAGAUGGACAACAAAGACAAAGGUAUUUGAAUGGUUGUGCAUUUUUUCAACCGUUUUCCGGGUUUUAUCUUCCCCAUCCCUCAUUUUGAUUUCACUUCGCAACCAUUUUUUCAGUUGAUGUUGUUGAAUUGAUUCGAGAACGUUUGAAUGAUGAAUUCGGACCAUUUUCGCGUAAAAAAGUCAUCAAACAAAUGAAUUAUAUUGAUUUGAAUUAUGAAAAACCGAAAAAAGAAAGAAGUUUGCCGAAAUGGGAUGAUGGAUUGAUCAAAGAAUUGGAAGGAUUAAAAGAACAAUAUGAGGAAAUUGAAGAUGCUGAAAAUAUUUGUAAGUUUCCUUAUCCUCAGGACCUAGGGCUUAGGCACAAAACAAUUUCUUUUUCCAGUGGGCGUUGAUAUUGUGAGAUAUGUUAUGAAAAGAUUGAGCGAGAAGAAGCCGAUUCGACAAGUUGAACGAUAUUUGAUAUCUAUGGGUUGGUUUUGAUCCCAUUAAUCUGAAAAAGUUUGAUAUUUUUCAGGAGCUAAAGUUGCGCAAAGAGAGAAGAAAUCGGGUGAAUCGAAAAAACGCGAGAAAAUUGUUGAUUUUUUGAAUGAUAGUAGUGAAGAUGAAGAGGAGAAAAAAGAGGAAAGUGAGGAAGAAGAAGAGGAGCAAAAUAUGGAUAUUGAAAUGAAUAAAAGUCCGCAAAUCAAAAAGAAAACGAAGAGAAUUGUUAUGGAUUCGGACGAUGAAGGAGAAGAGGAAAAAGAGAAGAAAGAGGAGGAAAAAGAAAAUGAAAAUGAGAAAGAAAAAGAAAAACCUGAACCGACGAAACUCUCAUUGAAGGAUAGAAUUUUGAAUAGAAAACGACAAUUUGCACAAUUAGUUGAUAGCAGUGAUGAAGAUGACGAUAAUGAAGAGGAUGAAAAAAAGAAGAAACAAAAUGAAGAUGAAGAGGAGGAGGAAGAGGAUUUUGUAAGUUAUAAGGUGAAUAUUUUCAUUUGGGAGAAUGGGAAGACGUUAUGGCAAGAAAAUUUCUUGGAUACGUGUAAUCCUUGAAUCAACUCCAGCUAAAUUUUUACUGUUAAAGCUUUUCUUUCAUUUUUCGGAAUUUUAAUGAUGCCCUAAGGGAAGCUAAAAAAUAGUUUGAUGUUGACAAAAUUCAAAUCUUACAAUUUCAUUCUUUUUUAUUCACAAAAUCUGUUUCUGAUCAGAAAAACCCGGGUAACAUCGAAAUUUUAAUUGAAUAUUUUUGCUGUCUGAUAGAAAUCUGGUGGAUAUUUCAUUAAAAAACAAUAUUCAAAGAUUAAAGUGAUAUCAAGUUUUAAAAACAUAUUUCAAUCUUAUCAAUGUUGAUUCGAAAAGAUCGUGAACUUCUACGUAAUUAUAACCAUCAAACAUCUGAGUUCUUUAAACUUUUGUCCAAAAAUCAUUAUAUUUUUGCAGAGAUCUUAUCUUGAUCCAAAUAUAACAAAUGGAACUGUUGCAUCUGCUCUCGAAGUUCGCGAAACAUCACCAGAAGAAGAUCCAUUUUUAGCCACAAUCAAAUAUAAACGAAGAAUUGUUAUGGAUGACGAUGAAGACGAUGAUUAA